GGACCAUGGCCAAUGCAGAGCUUCCUUUCGUGUUCAUCCCCUGCAACCUAAUUCUCACCCUUCUUAACCAUUCCUUAAAGAGUCUGCUGCUGCCUUGAGCUCUCAGCUCUGCCACCUUCUUCUAGAUCUCCCACAGAUCCCUCCGCAUCUCUCUCUCGCUCUACUUUGUACUAAGCAGUUACGAGGAUUUUUGUGGAUAUGCUUAUGGUAGUAUCUCUUGAUGAGAUCUGAAGGAGAGUGGUAAUGGAAGAGUCCCUCCUACUCCUAUUCUCUCACUCAGAGCUGCCCAUUUAGAACAAGACUCUGUUUGUUACUUGAAAGAGAGAGAGAGAGAGAGAGAGUAGCUGGCUAGAUCUACAAGAUGAAGAGGCGCAUCGCAGACUGGGGGUGUCUCAUGCCGAUCUGCCCAUCUGAGGAGAACAGCGAGUCCAUGGUGGAAGAUGAUGAGGCGGCGGUACAAGGAGAGAAGAAGCGGCGGCUGAGCGCGGCGCAGCUGAGAGCUCUGGAGAGGAGCUUCGAGGUGGAGAACAAGCUGGAACCGGAGCGGAAGCUGAGGCUGGCACAACAGCUGGGCCUCCAGCCGCGGCAGGUGGCCGUCUGGUUCCAGAACCGCCGGGCCCGGUGCAAGACCAAGCAGCUGGAGCGCGACUACGCCGCCCUCGAGGCCAACUACGACGCGCUCCGCCUCGACUACGAUUCGCUCCGCCGCGACAAGGAGUCUCUCCUCACCCAGAUCGGAGAGCUCAAGGCCAAGUUGUCGUCGGGGGAGCAGCGCCUCAGCUUCUCCUCCGUGAAGAAAGAGCCGGUGGUCUCCGAAGCCGAGGCCAAGGCCGCGCCGCCCUCGUCGUCAGAAAAGGAUCCCGCGGCUCUGUUCUACAAGGACGGAUCGUCCGAAAGCGACUCCAGCGCCGUCCUCAACGACGAAAACAUCCCUCGACGGGGGAAGCCCUCGUCGAUGGACGCGGUGCGGCCGCUGCCUACGGCUGCUGAGACAAUUUCCGCGCCACUUUUUCUUGAUCCGGAUCAUCUCUCUGGCGCCAUCAAGGAGGAAGGAUCCCUGCACCAUCAACAUCACCACAUGUUGAUGAUGGAGGAGGAGGAACCGUUCAUCAGCUUCUUCUCCGACGACCAGCCGCCCAUUCUCAACUGGUGCUCCGACGACUGGAAUUAGAAGUAGCCACGGCCGUACAUGGAGAUAGAUCGAUGGUAAUACUAGUAGUAAUCCAGAGCAGAGUUUGUAAUGUAAUUAAUAUUUAUUUCCUGAAACUUAAAUUACAUGUUUUUAUUUUCAUUUCCA